UAGGAAAUAUAAUGAAAUCAUAUUGACGUUAUAGGUACUCGAAUACAUUUUAUGUAGUAGUUUCCAUACCUGGUUACGAUCACGGCUACCACAGGAUUAAUUAACCAACAAUUCUGUGGGGCUACAAUUUCAAAUCAGAGAAAAUACAAGUUACGUCACUAUAAUCCACGAUCACGAAUAACAAAUUUUCGUUCGUUUGGCAAUCGUGUAGUGUAGGUUGUAAAAAAAUGUAAAAUCUAACACCAAACACGUCCGGUUUAUUUUGUAAGUUUGAACUUUUUAUUAUGUAAACAGAUUUCAGUUGAAAUUCCAGAAUUGUAUCAAAAAUGUAAGUAAAAGGUUAAGUAGGUAAAUCAAGAGCGAGUGACAGUUCAAAAGAAAGGCUGUAAAAUGCAUUACAACUUCUUAUGCCCUCAUUUUUCGUCAUUGUUGGCAAGGAUUUAUUGAAAAAAUUGGGAAAUUGUAUAACCUUCGGCUCGUUUAAUACCUCCACAACGGCAGAAAUAAUUAAUAAUUAACAAACUGGAACGUUUUUAAUUGAGGAAGUUGUAGCUUCUUAAGUUCAGCAAUAAUGAAACUUUCUAAUUAGUGAAUUUCUAAUUAGUAUUUUUAUGGCGUUUAACAUAAGCUAUGGCUUCAAAUGCAGAUUCUUCUGGUAGCAAUGGUACGUUGACCCGAAACUAUUCUUUAAAUCCGGGAUCUCCUCGUGAUUAUGAAACGCUUAAACAGCAAUACGAUAAGGCUAGUAAUGAGCUUACCACGUUGCGGCGGAGAUGUGAUCACGCGUUGAAGGAAUUGGAGUACUUUAGGAAUCAACAUCGAGCAGCAAUGAAUCAAUUGGAAGUAUCUUCGCAAGAUUCUGCCACUUUACGUACUAAGUAUGGUGACGUACUUAGUGAAAAUCAAAGAUUAGAGCAGGAUAUUCAGUCAUUACGGACUGAACUAUCAGAGUUACAUCGACAGCAAGAGGUUUUGGUAUCCGAAAACAGCAACUCGGAGUCUCUAUAUAUGUUGGCACGUAGAAACGAAGUUGUGCGCGACGACUAUGACGCUUUAAGAAAGCGUUACGAUGAUCUUUUAGCAUCCCAUUCUCAGGCCAUAACCAAGUUAGAACUAGCUCAAGACGAAAGUAACCGCCUUAACAAGCAGUUUGAAGAGGUCAAUCAAGAACGGAAUAAUGCUAUGCGUGAAGUGGUAAAUGUCCGCCAACAAAUAGCUUUAGUGCAUGGCAAAUAUGAUAAGACAGCUAGGGACUGUAUAAAAUACCGCGAGGCUUUUCAAAAAGUACAACAACAAUACGAAGAGGCUGUGAAAGAAGUAAAUCAAACUAUGGCAUUUCGAAUGAAAGCGAAUAAAGAGGUUAAAAGAUUGACAGAUGAACGCAAUGCUGCCAUGGCCGAAUACAACCUGAUCAUGAGCGAACGUGAUACCGUCCAUAAGGAAAUGGAAAAAUUAAGUGACGAUCUCGCGCAGUCGUUUAAAAAGAUUAAACUUCUCGAAGCUGAUAAUAAAGAGCUUCUAGAAGAGAAGAAACAAUUAAAUUAUCAAAUGGAAACGUUACGCCGUGAAAUCGCAAGUGCCUUGCACGACAGGGACAAAGCACUGAAGGAGUGUAAUGAUUUGAGAGAAAAAUUUGGAGAAUAUAACGCCUCAAAAGACGACAAUCACGAUUCGCUCAAGAGUAGAUUAGAUAACAUCACAUUUGUAGGCGAAAAUGCGGCAAGAAAAGAAAUACAGGCUGACUCUCGAAGUUUAAGCCAGCGUCAGAGGUUGGACAAUUUAGACCAGGCGAAUCAAGAAUUAGAAUCUCUCAGGAAAAAUUUGGAUAAAGUACAAACGGAGCUGUCCGAGGCGAUACAAGAGGCGGAGGUUUCGAAGGGUAGGCGAGAUUGGGCAUUUUCAGAACGUGAUAAAAUAGUAUUAGAACGUGAAAGUAUUAGGACAUUAUGUGAUAAUAUGCGGAAGGAAAGAGAUCGUGCCGUUAGUGAAUUAGCCGAGGCUCUCAGAGAAUCGGAUGCUAUAAAAAAACAAAGGAACGAAUUGGUUAAGGAGGUGAAAAUGCUAAAGGAAGCGUUAGAGGUUCACGCGGAAAAAGAGGCUCAGUUUAAUCACUUUCAUGGAUUGGAACAUAACAAUUCUCGUGACAGUGCAAUUGAUAGUGAUAUGCAGGAGUGGGAGACUGAAAUACUUGAAAUGGAUCUGUCUGGAUUAUCAAAUGAUAUCGAUCUUGGAAUUGAAUUGGUUGGUGGUCGAGAAGAUCCUCAUUAUCCUAACGAUAGUGGCAUUUAUGUGGCAUCCGUUCUCAAAGGGUCUGUAGCUGAUGGGAAGUUGAGGCCAAAUGACUGUAUAGCUCGAGUAAAUAAUUUAGAUUGCACGUCCGUUUCGAAGAGAAUGGUUAUAGAAACUCUAAGGUCAAGCUUACCUGUCGCACAUAUCAUUGUACGAAGAAGGCGAUCUCCUGCUUGGCUGUCUCAAAACUCUAGAAGUACUCAAAAUGUUGUUAGGUCACCGCCCAGUUUCCAAAAUAAUUCGCGUGUAGCCAGGUGGAUCUAUACAGCACGACUGGCUGCCGGUUGUCACGGUUUAAUGUUGGAGUCGGGAGUGUAUAUUGGAAAAAUCAGCGAAGGUAGCUUAGCCGCGAAAGAUAAUAGCUUAGUUGUAGGAGAUCGUGUUUUAAGUAUUAAUAAUAAAUCUAUGGAUCGGUUAGAAAGUUUACACGAGGGGAUGUCUAUUUUAAAUGAUAACAGGACUGAUAUAAUUACAAUUACCACUUUAAAAACGAGUUAUCUGGAUCCCGAAUGUACAACUAACGUAUUCAUGCCAGCGCAAAGAUACAAAAAGGAAAACCGAAGUUCACAAACGGACGAUCACGAUUUUAUGAGAAAUGAAGUGAACCGUCAUUACCUCACCGCAGAUUACAGAGUGUCAAAAAGUGGCAGCCACGAAAAAAAUAGCGGAGCUUGGCUAAGGGAGAAAUUGGAUAUGGUCCGCGGACGACGGCAUUCUAAGGAUCGCACCAGAAGUGAAGAAAAAAAGAAAUAUCGUAACAGUUCCCCAAAUCCCUUAGAUCUGAGCGCUAAUACGUUUGAGCAAGAGCAAGCCAUUGCCGAAUUAGAUCUAGUUAUUGAUAGUUAUCAUGGUGAUAACACAAACACAGCAAAACGCAACAAAAGACAUUCCAAAGAAAUGUCAAUUCAAGAGAAAAAUGGCGGAACUUGGCCCAAAGCAAGAACAACUAAUGUACUUCAAAACGCAACUGGAACUAUUGUCGAAAGGACAAAGGAAAGGCCACCUUUAAGUUUAUUACUAACUUCCGAUCACAGCAACGAAACCUACUGCUUCCCGAAUAAUUCGAAUCGCAAUUCUACUCCCAUACCUUUAUCUGUCGCUCAAAAUUUAAAUCGCCACACUGUGUAUAAAAGUAUGGAUAACAGCUCACAGUUUCCAAAGUUUAGCACUGUUAACGACUCCUUUGAAAAAUUAAGGAGUAAUAAGAUGUCGGAAUAUGAAACAUCACGAGAUCCCAAUAAUAGACUUAGUAUAAAUUCGGACAAUAGUUUAGAUUUUCCUGUUAGUAAACCUGUGUUGAUUAACGAGGAAUAUUUGAACUUUUACAGAAAAAAUAAAACAGGUGCUAUGAAAUAUGUAUCGGAUUCGGAACGUGAUAGCACCUUAAAUCAUGACAUCCAGUCAAUGUCUGGCGUUCCAACAUCACACUCUCGAAUUCAUUCGCAACUCUUCGGACCACAACAGCGUAUCCCGUUUCCAUUCCACCCACAUCCCCACCCUCAUUCGAACCCAUCGCCGCUAAACUUUCCAACCAGUCAUUCGCGGGAAAGCUUCUGUUUCGAACCGCCUUACUCCACAUUUCAUUCUCAUAGCCCCUCAGUGGAAGCCAACUAUCCAAAAAAAGCUACCAUGGGAAUGAACAGUAUUCCACCGCACGCUCACGUACCUUAUCGAGAUUCCGACAUGAUACCUGUGAAUUAUACAUCGGGUUACGAAGGCGGUACAUUUCCUCGAAAGAAAGAGAAUCCAAGAUUUCGUAUUCCGUCAAACCCGAGUGUAACGUCGAAGAAUUCUGCUGGGAAAGUUAGUACUGGUAGCAUUGAGCACACGUCGGAGAGAGGUAGCCCGAUGCCUAUUUUUCAAGUGGAAGUUCUAAGCCCGGGUAAUAGGGACAAAAGAAACAGCGUUCCGGACUAUUGUUGGCCACAAAAACCCCUACCCGGCGAGUUGAGACGAGUUCAUAUUGACAAAUCAAACGAACCCUUAGGUAUCCAAAUUAAUUGUCCGGAAAGCGGCGGAAUAUUUGUAUCGACGGUGAACGAUAACAGUUUAGCUAGUCGGGUCGGAUUACAAAUAGGUGAUCAGUUACUGGAAGUUUGCGGCAUUAACAUGAGGAAAGCUACCUAUAAUUUGGCGGCCAAUGUUCUGCGGCAAUGUGGAAAUUCUAUUACCAUGCUAGUUCAAUACAGCCCCGACAAAUAUCACGAACUUCAAGAUUCCGGAUCGUGUACUGGUUCAAGUUCUAAUGACGAAGGAGAUGGCGAACCAACACCUUGCAAUUCACCCAAAGGAGUACGAAAAUCUCAUCAUAAUUCUCGAAAUGUUCCUCUUGCGAAUCAAAACACUUUAAGUAGGAAGUCACAACCACCACCUAACUCACGCCAAAAUAGCACCAGCCGAAAUGAUGAUGAACCACGUUACUUAUAUAUUGAGACAUUAAAAACAUCAAAUCUAGGAAUUUCGCUAGUUGGAGGAAAUGCUGUCGGUAUUUUUAUACACUCUGUGCAACCCGAUUCUUUGGCAUAUCAUGCAGGCCUAAGAACGGGUGACCAAAUUUUAGAGUACAAUGGAAGCGAUCUUCGUCAAGCGACAGCAGAAGAGGCAGCUUAUGAGUUGGCCAAACCUGCCGAUAAAGUGACGGUUUUGGCACACUACAGGAUAGAUCGUUAUAAUGAGGUUAAGGAUAAGCCUGGUGAUAGUUUGUACAUCCGCUGUUUGUUUGACAGAAGCGGAAGCGAGCUUACAGAUAGCUUGCAGCUCUGCUUCAACAAGGACGACGUGUUAUACGUCGAUAAUACGAUGUUUAACGGUGUACCGGGACAUUGGCGUGCUUGGAAACUUGAUAAUGACGGACAUCGUCAACAAUGCGGCAUUAUACCAAGCAAAUACAAGGUAGAAGAAGAGUUAUUGUUAAAACGAAGUACAGGCGAUUUGGAAACGAGAGGAUCAACUUCAGCUCGACGGAGUUUCUUCCGACGUAAGAAACAUCAGCGUAGUGGAUCACGUGACUCCAAAGAGCUGGCAAGUUUUUGUAAUGUUUCCUCCGGAUGGUAUUCUGAUAAUGGGACUUUACAUGAAGAUUUAUCACUGUGUUCGUAUCAGCGUGUCGAAAAAUUGGAUUUUCCAGAAUUUCGUCCAGUCCUGGUUCUCGGACCUCUCGCAGAAUGUGUCGUCGAUAAGUUAGUGGCAGAUUUCCCAGAGAAAUUUCAAAAGGUGACUCAAGAGGCGAGGCACUGUUCUCAAGCGGCGUUAGAUCAAGAAUUGGCCGAUAAUCUCAUUGUCGACUACCGAAGGAAAGGAAAUUACUUCGAAUGCACAACUGUUUCUGCUAUACGAUCCGUUUGCAAUUCGCACUUGCAUUGUAUGUUAGAUAUUUCGGUGUCGUCGGUAGAAAAAUUGCACAGACAUCAAAUAUGUCCAAUAGUGUUGUUGAUUAAAUUUAAGAGCACUAAACAGAUUAAAGAGGUUAAGGAUACUCGUUAUCCCUUAGAUAAGCUCUCAGGGAAAGCAGCUAAAGAAAUGUAUGAGCAUUGCCUUAAACUUGAAGUUGAGUACAGACACCAAAUUACAGCGGUCAUCCCUGCUGGAGUUAACAUCGCCUACAUGUGCACUCAAGUAAAGGCAGCAAUUGACGCCGAACAUAAUAAAAGUCAAUGGGUUCAUAUUUCUUAACUUUUCUGUUUGUUAUAGCGUUUAGUGCAGCGAAUGAGUCUUCCAUAAUAUAAUAAUAAUAAUAAUUAGAGAUAUUUGUAGUGUACCUAUUUAGACAAUUCAGAAGGUAUCUGAGUGAGGAAACUUUUUUAACACUUUUAUAUGGUAUGUUAUUGUAAUUGCGCGCUUUUAAUAUAAACAUUUCAACGCUAAUUAUUCUCUGAAUAUGGUAGUGCUAAUGGUGGAAAGUACGUUUUACAUUACCACGUUGUUUAAAAAACGCUAGUGUAGAAACCAAAUGAAAUUGAUUGAUAUUAAAAAAUUGUAAAGUUUAUAUAGAUAUGUUGUAAUGUUAAGUUUUUUCUAUUCUUGGAUGUGAUUUUAGUGUUUCUGUUGUUUAUUUAUUUAAAUGCUUGUCAUUUUAUUAUUUAAUACGAUAUAUACUAGGUACAAGAAAUGUUAUUACUAAAAAAGAUGUGAAAACCUGGGAUGGCGAAAACUGACAUUGAUAGUGCUUAUUAAACAAUUCUUAACUAA